AUGGGCACGCGUGCGAGCCAUGCGGCGCCGACCGAACCGUUCGACGAGAACAGGCUGGUCGCGGCCAUGAUGAGCGUCGGCACUUGCCCCGAGCCCGAGAACCAGGUCGGCGAGCCCGAGAGCCAGCUCGAGAGCCAGGUCGGCGCCAAGCCCGAUAGCCAGGUCGACGGCCCUCCCGAGAGCCAGGUCGGCGCCCACCCCGAGAGCCAUGUCGACGCCAAGCCCGAGAGCCAGGUCGACGCCACGCCCGAGAGCCAGGUCUACAACACGCCCGAGAGCCAGGUCGAUGCCCAGCCCGAGAGCCAGGUCGACGCCCAGCCCGAGAGCCAGGUCGGCGCCCCGCCCGAGAGCCAGCCCGACAGCCAGGUCGACGCCCAGCCCGAGAGCCAGGUCGGCGCCCCGCCCGAGAGCCAGCCCGAGAGCCAGGUCGACGGCGCGCCCGAGAGCCAGACCAAUUUGCCCCUGAGCGAGAGCCAGGUCGACGGCGCGCCCGAGAGCCAGGUCAACUAG